AUGAGCGCAGCACCACCACCAUCAAUUUACACCGAAUCAUUUAGUACGAGUAGUAACAAUACAACCGAAUCAGAAUCGAUUAAUGUUGAAGAAACUAGAGAGAAUAUAUUAUCAGGAUUUUCAUUUGAAGAGUAUUUUCAAGUUUCAGAAUCAAUUUCAGUUAUAAUAAAAAAUAAUUUUAAAAAGAUUGCUUUACAAUUACCAGAUUAUCUAUUAUGGGCAUCUUCAGAAUUAUCAAAUAAAAUUCAAAAUAGUGUACCUUUAGAAUAUGGUAUUAAAGUUUUCAUUUUAGGUGAUACUUCAUAUGGUUCAUGUUGUGUUGAUGAAGUAACUUCUUCACAUUUAAAAUCGGAUUUUAUAAUUCAUUAUGGUCAUUCUUGUUUAUCACCAUCAUCUAAAAUACCAGUGCAAUAUGUAUUUGGUAAAAAAAAAAAUUUCAACGUUGAUAAAUUUUCAAUAGAAUUAAAUAAAUUGGUAGAAUCAAAAAAAGAAGAAAACUUUGUAAUUUUUUAUGAUUUAUUAUAUCAUCAUAAUAGAGAUUCAAUUGAAAAUCUUUAUAAAAACAAUGAUAAUAUUAUAGUUACAAAUAUAAAUAAUUUUAAUAAUAUUUAUUUAAAUAAUUCAUUUAAAAAUAAUAAAUUAAAUGAAACUCAAAAUUGUAAUAAUAAUUAUAAUAAUGAUUGUUGUGGUAGUGAUAAUAAUAAUAAUAAUAAUGAUAGUGGUUGUUGUGGAGGUAAUAAUAAUAAUAAUAAUAAUAACAGUGGUUGUUGCCAAUCACAAUCACAACAACAACAACAACAAAAUGAUUGUUGUCAACAAAAAUUAAAUAAUGAAAUUAAUAAUGAAAAUGAUAAUAAUAAUGAAGAAUUAAUUUCAGGUAGGAAAAUUGAAUUUAAAAAUGAAAAAGAUAUUAAAAAAUUUAAUUUUAUAUGGAUUGGUGAAGAAUCAUUAACUUUAACCAAUUUAUUAAUGAAUUUUAAUCAACAAAUGGUUUAUAGAUAUUAUAUUGAUGAUAAUAAAUUACUUCAAGAAACAUUACCAAGAAAUAAAAGUUUAAUGAGAAGAUAUCAUAUUUCCGAGAAAUGUAAAGAUGCAUCAAUCAUUGGUAUUGUGGUAUCAACAUUAUCAGUUCAAAAGUAUUCAGAAACAAUCGAUGGUUUAAAGAAAUUAAUUAUAGCCAGUGGUAAGAAACCAUACGUUUUCGUUGUUGGUAGAUUAAAUGUACCAAAAUUAGCAAAUUUCUCAGAGAUUGAUAUCUAUGUAAUCGUUGCUUGUCACGAGAAUACAAUGGUUGAUUCAAAAGAUUUCUAUAAACCAAUUGCAACACCAUUCGAAUUAAAUCUUUCACUAAGAAAUGAAAAAUGGACAGGUGAAUAUAUAACUGAUUUUGGUAGAGUUUUCCCAAAAUUAAUUAAAGAUUUAUCUUUUGAUGAAGAUGAUGAAAAUAAAUGUGAAAUACCAGAAGAUCAAGUUGAAGAUGAUCAAGGUAAUAUUCAUCAUUUCUCAUUAGUAACUGGUAGAAUUGUUAUUCAAAAUAAAAAUCAAUCAACACUUCAACAACAACAACAACAACAACAAACUCAACAAUCAGGUGAUUUAAUAUCAGUUAAUAAUCAAUUUAAACAGGUUUCAUUAGUUGGUGAACAUUUAUCAAAUAAAACUUAUAAAGGUUUAGAUAUGAGAAUUGGUGAAACACCUGUAACCACUGCAAUAGAAGGAAUGUCUGGUAUACCAAAGAAUUAUAAUACUGAUAAAAAUAAUUUAUAA